AUGAAAGUGGACGACACGCUUCUCCUCCUGGGCACCUCUCACGGCCACCUGCAGGUGUGGCACCUCCCCUCCCACUCCCUCCUCGCCUCCCUCCACCACCCCCUCCCCAUCCCCCUCCCCCUCACCUGCCUCACUCUCUCCCAAAGCCUCGGGGACGCCCCAGAGGGACCGAAUUCAGGUUCUCGUGCUACUACUGGGUGUGCUUGUAACGAGGGCGGCCGGUGUGCUUGUAACGAGGAUGGGUGGAGGCUAGUGGCGAGUGCGGCAGAGUACGGGUCGGUGUGCGUGUGGAGCCUGCCCCGCUGGCCCACAAGGGGUGGGGCAUCGCCCCAAGCGAGUAGGUUACAAGCAAGCUCAAAAGCUAGAGAGGCAGGGAAAGAAGCAUCAGUAGCAAUGUCAUGCGCUAUACAAGCAAGGUCACGAGAGGCAGAGGGAGGGGAAGCUGAGGCACGGCUGGAAAGAAGCGCAGCAGAGCCCCGUGAAUUCGGAGGCACAUGUGUUGUUGUCGUGCCCUCCCUGUCCCCCUGCUGCUCGAUCUGGUUCGUGGAGGGAAGGAUGGGAGAGCAGCAGCUGUGGGAGGACCUUGAGAGAGUGCGCGGGGGCGAGGGGGGUGUGGGGAGAAGUGAGGGGGAGGAGGGCGAGGAGGGGGAGGAAGAGCAGGUGGGAUGGCGGCCUAGGAAGGGCAAGAGAGGGCCACGGGAGUGGUGGGAGGGUGGGGGGCUGAGGGGCAGAGAAGCAACAACUCACGCCCGCCGGUCCAAGGGAGUGAUGGCAAGCCCUUGCGCAUUCAUCAGGAGAGACGUCACGGAGGCUCGCCCUUGUAAGGGAGGCAUGGCAUACGGGCGGCCUGCGUGUAAUGAGUUGACUCAAAGCUCGACGGAGGCUCGCCCGUGUAAGGGAGGCAUGGCAUACGGGCCGCCUGGGUAUCUGCUGGUGGAGGAGCGCAGUGGCAUGAGCGACGGUGACCGCACCAUGCGGCUUUGGGACUUGGGCUCUCAAGCUUGCCAGUCAACGCACAGUCAACAGCAGUCAACGCACGGUCAACAGCAGUCAACAGGGACAUCACAGCACAGCACAGCAUGGGCUAGUAUGCAGUGUGUGUACGAUCGUGCUUUGGCCUUCGAUCCAUGGACGGGCGUGGUUGCUGCUGUAGUGCCUCACACUCACCCCCCUGCUGAGCGUGGCAUUGGCAAUGUCGCCUUCAGCCACUCAGAACGGCAUGGCUGGCGGCUGCUGAUUGGCACGACUCAGGGGCUGAUCGUUGUUUAUGACUUGGACAGAGGAGUGGCGGGAAGAGGGGAAGGUGGAGGCGGAAGGAGGAGAGGAGCAAGGGAGGGAGGAGGAGGAAGUGGAGUAGGAAUGAAGGGAGGAGGAGAGAGCAUCGGACAGCCGUCGAUUUCGUUGAGAAUCGAUCUGUGGGAGGAGAUGCAGCAAUUCUCCCUCAACGAACGGAUUUUCUGCCUCACUACUGUGACCGACACUCACCAUGACAUCCCCGAGGGCAUCUUUGCGCGGGUGUGGGACGUGGAUGCUUCUAAUCAAGCCGCCCUCCUCCCCCAGAACCAUCCUCCAUUCACCGAGGUGCUUCAUUUUGACUCUCAGCAGCCCUGCAUCGCCCCCUCCUCUGCCACGGCUGUGGUGCUGAGAGCCGAUGGGGCCAUCGCCCUCUGGACUGCCUCUCAAUGCGCCCACAACAUCGUUACACCCCACAGCCAGUCCCAGCAAGACCUGGUGUAUCUGCCUCACCCUCCUGUCAUGUAUCCUCUCUCAACCACUGCCUCUUCUGCCACUGCUGCUAGUGAUGAAAUUGGUGACAAUGCUGGCAGCAGUGGUGGUGAUGACUGUAAGGGUGAUAGUAAUAAUAACCGGGACAGGGGCAGUAGCGAGUGUGUGGUUGCAGACAGCAACUGGAGAUGGCUGGUAGUGGCAGGAGGGGCUAUAGCUGAGGUUUAUGAUUUUCUGGUGGGAUAA